AUGGAGCUUGAGCUAGACGUUCUCGGCCAACAACCUGGUCUUUUGCAAAUCUACACUCAAGUCAGCUUGUGCUUCUCUGUUCCUGAUGCAUCUCUUCAUGAAGAAAUCAUUAAUACCCUGGCAAAGGGCCUGGAGAGGCUAUCUGAUAGCUUUCCAUGGAUAGCAGGACAGGUCGACCGAAAAGGCUACCAGAUUACACCUCUAGAUAAGAGUCCCGCUCUUAUCGUUAAAGAUCUACGAAAUGAAAUGACCAUCAAACGUCUUAGAGAUGCAGAGUUCCCCAUGAAAAUGCUCGAAGAAGAGCUCAUUGCUCCUCGAAGAACUCUUGCUGGUGAGUCAUCCGAACCCAACGCUGUCUUUCUAGUGCAAGUAAAUUGGAUCGAAGGAGGUCUCAUUUUAACUUAUAAUGGCCAGCAUGCUGCCAUGGACAUGGUGGGCCAAGGCCAAGUCAUUGGACUAUUAUCGAAGGCGUGCAGAAACGAACCUUUCACAGAGGAAGAGCUAGCAUCCAACAAUCUGAAUCGGACUAAGGUUGUUCCGUUACUGGGUCAAGAAUACAAGCCAAAACAAGACGCUGGUACUUACAGUCGUCCAAUUGCUCCAGCAAGCGAUGCUCUUUGGGCCUAUUUCUCCUUCGAUGCUAGAUCACUCCAUGAUUUGAAAGUUGAAGCAGAGAAAACAAAGGAUGAGUCCACCCCAUUCAUCUCCACUGAUGAUGCAGUGAGCGCUUUUAUCUGGAAAUCUACCACUAAAGCACGUAUCCACCGGCUUCAUGCCUCUGACAACACCAAGUUCUGCCGAGCCGUCGAUGUGCGAUCUGCUGUUGGAGUACCCAAAAGUUACCCAGGACUUCUUCAAAUCAUGACAUACCACAGUGGGAGGGUGCAAUGCAUUGCAGAUGCACCGCUUGGCGUCAUCGCAGCUGGUCUACGUUCAAAAUUGGAUCCUAAUGAGCUCCGCAGUCGCACACGGGAAUUCGCAACCUCUAUAGCUAAAACAAUUGACAGGGCAUCCAUCUCUCUCACACCAGGUUUGAAUCCUGGCAGUGACGUGCAACUUAGUUCUUGGGCCAAAGUUAAUUACUGGGGCAUGGAUUUUGGGCUAAGUCUUGGAAAGCCAGAAUCGGUGAGACGACCAAGGUUUACGCCAUUUGAAGGUCUGAUCUACUUGAUGCCCAAGGCGCCAAAUGGAGAGAUUAGCAUGGCAAUUUCAUUGAGAAGGGAGGAUAUGGAGAUGUUGAAGGCAGAUGAAGAGUUUUCGCGAUACGCAAGAUUUAUUGGAUAG